AUGGAGCUGAAGGACUUCUGUCUGUCUGGCUAUCACUUCUUCAGCCCUCAGAGCCUUCUGGACUCCUCCUCUUCCUCUUCUCCUGUUGAUGAAGCUCAGUCUCCCUCUUCCUUCUCCUUCGACUCGUCUCCUCUCAGCCCUUCUGCAGCCUUCCUCCUCCCCAGCCCAGCCUCUUCCUCCUCAUGCAGUCUCCUCUGUGGAGGUCUGACGCCCGACCCCCCAGCAGGACGUAGAUCCAGAGGAGGAAGCACCUCGGUGUCCAACUCUGCAUUUUCUAUUUCAGUGAAGGUGGACUCUAUGCUGAGGGGAGACUACCGGACCCCGGUGGGGUCUCUGGUGUCCAAACGUCUGUGUCUGGUCUGUGGAGACUUUGCCUCUGGUUAUCAUUACGGCGUGGCGUCCUGUGAAGCCUGCAAGGCCUUUUUUAAGAGGACCAUACAGGGCGACAUCGAGUACAGCUGCCCAGUAAUGAACGAGUGUGAGAUCACCAAACGGAGGAGGAAAGCUUGCCAGGCCUGCCGCUUUCAGAAGUGUCUGCGAGCCGGGAUGAUGAGGGAGGGGGUGCGUUUGGACCGGGUCAGAGGGGGACGUCAGAAGUAUAAAAGGCGGUUGGAGACAGGGGGGACUUUAUGCACCAAGAUCCUGGACAGUUCUCCUGGCAGAAACAAGCUGAUCUCCCAUCUACUGCUGACAGAACCCGCCCCACUGGCUGCCAACCAGGACAAUUCAACCAACGACAGCAGCCUGCGGACCCUACUGACCCUCUGUGACCUUCUGAACCGGGAGCUGCUGGUUCUGAUAGGCUGGGCGAAACAGAUCCUAGGUUUCUCAGAGCUCUCAUUGGUCGAUCAGAUGUCUUUGCUGCAGAGCGGCUGGAUGGAGGCGCUGCUGGUGGGUGUGGCCUUGCGUUCCCAGGGCACUGCGGGGGAGGAGCUUAUGUUUGCAUGGAACUUGCCUCUGGGUGAGGCUCAGUGUCGAGCCGCAGGAUUGGCUGACGUGUACGAGGCGGUGCGUCACCUGACGCUCAGAUACCGGGCGAUGAAGCUGAGCCCUGAGGAGGUGGUGACGUUGAAGGCCAUGGUGCUCGCCAACUCUGACGCAGACCCAGUGGACUGUCUGGACUCCCUGCAGAGGUUCCAGGACGGGCUCCACGAGGCGCUUCAGGAAUACGAGUCGACCCGCCGGGAGCGGCACCGGACGGGUCGUCUGCUGAUGAGCCUCCCGCUGCUGCGGCAGACCGCCGACCGGGUCGUGCAGGCUCUCCUGAGGACGCACCGCCAGCGCCGCAUGCCGAUCCACAAACUGCUGUUGGAGAUGUUGAACGCCAAGGCCUGA